UCUCCAUUUUGGAAGAAAACAAGAAAACACAAAAAUGGCAACACCUGUUUCCAACGAAGAGAUAGGCAAAAGCAAAAAGCCUCAGGACACAAAGUUCAAACAACAGAGACUGCCAGCAUGGCAGCCUAUUCUGACUGCUGGCACCGUCCUUCCUGCAUUCUUUGCCAUUGGCAUUGCAUUUAUCCCCCUUGGGGUAGCAUUACUCAUCUCAUCUAAUAAUAUACAAGAAAUUGUAUUAGACUACACAGAUUGUCGAGAGAAUGGUGUCGGUCUAAAAUGUUCAAGUUUUGUUGGGAACAAAUCAAAUACGGCUUCAAACUUGGCAUGUGCUUGUGAAAUGGACUUUACUGUCAAGGAAAACAUGGUGGGCACAGUCUAUAUGUAUUAUCAGCUGACAAACUUCUAUCAGAAUCAUCGCCGAUAUGUCAAGUCCCGUGAUGACAACCAGCUUCUGGGAUCGUCAGUGACUGCGUCAAGCCUCAAUUCAGAUUGUGAACCCUUCAAGACGGCCAAUAAAAGUGGAACAUUUGUACCAAUCGCACCAUGCGGAGCAAUUGCUAACAGCUUGUUCAAUGAUACUUUGGAAUUGGCGAAGUAUAAAGAGGGCAGUACCACUGACACAGUAAAUGUUGCCCUCAACAAAACCGACAUUGCCUGGACUACUGAUAGGACAGUUAAAUUCAAAAAUCCUCCCAAAAAGGCAGGAGGGAACUUGAGCACUGCUUUCGAAAAUACACACAAGCCGAUCAACUGGGUGAAGCCGGUCUGGGAGCUCGAUGAAACAGAGGAAUCCAACAAUGGUUAUGUGAAUGAAGAUCUGAUUGUCUGGAUGAGGACGGCCGCUCUGCCAACAUUCCGUAAGCUCUACCGUCGGAUCGACCACACUCAGGCUGAAUUCAAGGAUGGUUUGCCAGCUGGCAAUUACAAACUGAAGAUUUCAUAUGCAUUCCCUGUCACUGCGUUCGACGGCACGAAGAGUAUGAUUUUGACAACAACUUCAUGGCUCGGCGGCAAGAACUCCUUCCUCGGCAUUGCCUAUCUGGUGGUUGGAUGUCUCUGCAUCUUGCUUGGUGUGGUCUUCCUCAUCAUCCACAUCAAGGUUGGAAAGAAACCCCAGGAAGUUAUGACCGUAAACAACCGCACUGGCUACUGACCUAAUGAAAACGAGGAGCUCGCUUGAGUGCCAAAAAUGUGCAAUAGAAGACUAUCUGGUUGCAGAAGGGAAGUUUUAUUUUAUCUAGAAAGGCUAUAUCUCCAUGGUAAUGUUAACUUAUGACGGAUAAAACUUGGGUUUAAAGCCGAGAAUCAAAUAACAAUUUGCUUUCCAAAAAAACACUGUUUUCCAUUGGUAAGUGGUAUUCAUUUUAAUUCCCAAGUCUGAAGCCACUUUGUUUGAGGUUACUUUGAGGAAAUCUGCCAGAAAUUUAAAGACAACAUUGACAAUCACAUCUGUUGUAAAUCACUUCGAACUGAACCUUAGGAAACCAUGGAGAUAUACCACUACUUUCAGUUUCUGUCAGUUAUGGGUGUGUUAGUGAAGUUAAUCAAGGCCGUCUUUGUUUUUGUAAGAUGGACUUUCACUCCCAUUGUGUUCUCAACUAAAAAUGUCGCGAUUUGAAAAACAUUUCGUUUUCAUCUGUUGUGUUGAUGUCAGCAAUCUGUAGCGAGACGGCCUGGGAAUUACUCACACACCAUUACACUCAUUCUGUUUCGAACGGAGGUGACCACAUCCCAUGUAGUCUCUGCUGUCACUAAGUUUGAUUUUGAGCUGUUAGCUGAAUUUUGUGUUGUACUUCAUCAUCUGAAGCGAUGCACGGAGACUGUCCAUAUCCUUGCAUUGUCUUGCCAACCAUUUCCAAAUCAUCAGCUGGUCAGUAGUGAUAGAUUUUACCAGAAGAUGGCACGGGAAGACGUAAGCACUCUUGUCAACUAAAUUGUCACAUACGACUAUUUUUUGAGUGCCAGAGAUGUUCAUUUUUCGCUCGCGUUGUACAUUUUUUGUACAUUUUGUUAUCAGGCAUGAUGUCAUGUGACUUGAUGAAAUCAUGUUACCUCCUCAUUUCAUGAUGUAUUUUGUCUACGGCUGUAUGUGAACUGAACCUAUGUUAUCACAAUGCGAUCCCAAUACUUUUAAUGAAUAUAAUGUUCUUGAAGGAUUUGUGUGUUCAUCUUCUCGUUGCAUAAUCUGCGAGUUUAGACAAUAACCUAUGAUAUAGUUUAAGAAUUUGAGAACUUUGAAGUGUAUUUUUGUCUAGUUUGCUGUUGAGUGUCCUGAAGGUGUGGAUUAUGUGAUCAUUCCAAAUAUGAUAUUAUGAUGACAAUGCUGUUCUCAGGAAAGCUGAUCUUGAUGUCUCAAAUGCUCUAAAUCAAAGAUGAUGACAAGUCUGACUUGGCCGGUUGAUGCCACAUUUAUGGAGAGAAAAAAAGAGAACCAUAUAAUAUGCCUUAAAUUUCCCAGUCGCAUUCCGAGAAUCAAUGUGACCUAGAUUGCUGGCGAUACUAACAUCCUCAUUCCUCAGAUAUUGUGUUACACCAUAAAAACAUUUCCAGUAUAGGGGUGAUUCUUACAUAGGUCAUGUAUUUUCCAAGAACAGCAUCGCACAUCCAACGCUAUAUACUUCUUGCAUUUGAAUUGAUGAUAUUCAUGUAUCAUGUCAUCAAUAUGUAUUGUCCAGAUUUCUGUUGUUCUGUCCAGCAAACCCUGUCUGACUACCAUGAUUUCUUAGCGUUGUUCAUUCCGCCCUUCGCGAUGCUCAUGAAGUUUAGAAAAAGAUUGGGCGACUCCUUUGGCUUCACAGCGCUCAGUUAGAACUGACUUACUGUUGAUAUUUCAGCCAUAGGAUCUUGUGUAGCCUGGGUGUCUUGUUGGACAGGGCGACCAUGUAUUGAAUGUGUGUCGAUGCAGUUUUACUUCUGAUAGCAAUUAUUAGUCGAACUUCAAUUCAAACAUCGCUCUCUGUCUAAGAUCAUGUUUUCUGAUAUGUCUAAAAUCCUGUUGUCAUGUUUUUUCUGUUUUUUUAAAAUACAUUUCGUCUUAUAAUUUGAGUUUGAGAUUAUGAAUGAAGUUACUAAAUUUUUUUUCUAAGACUACCUGAUUCUUGUGUUGACAUCCUAAACUGAGGUGUUCAGAUUUUUCACCAGGGGGCAAUACUGGUUGUUGUUUGACCUAAAACAACAUACUACUUGACAGGUGUGGCCUGAAAGGUGCCUUUGCCUUGUACCUAUGGACUUCACAAACCAUGUGAUUGGCAUGGGCAUGUAUUUUGGGAAAACAAUAGGUUCACAGUCCAUUGCUGGUUAACUGUAAUCCUUUGAGGCUCAUGAUUGUUUACGUCUACGGCCAUCUUUGUUCAAAUUUUGCCAGAGUCUGGCCUAUAUUACAAACACGUACAUUCUGUGAACAUGUUUCGAGCAUGUUGAAGGAAUCCUGUGCAAAAAUAAUGCAGGAUAAAGAAAUCUAGCCAAACUGUGUUGUGAAAAAAACAAAAUGGCUCCACAUGUUGUCUUGACCUUGACCUUUGGUUAUAUAAUCUGCUUCAGCAUUGUUGAUUUCCUCCCAAAAUAUUGUAUAGGAUCACACCCGACAUAUGUAAUACAAAAUCCAAGAUUCAUUAUAUCUGGCAUGUCAGUCAUUUUCAAGUUGAUGUAUAAAGGAUCAAGUUUAUGUUGUAAAUUUAAUCUGUAAACUUAUUUCAGUAACAGUGGGAUGUCAUUUUAUGGGAUGGUAAUGCAAUUUGUUCUCAAUAUCACAAAAAUCGUUCCUAUUUCCCUUACUGAAAUACAACUAUGCAUCUCACAAGAGAAAUGGGUUGUCCUCUUUGGAAAGUUGAGAGAAAGAGAACGUCAACCUCGAUUUCAAUAAUGGUGAGGGCAACAGUUUAAAGAAAGGUCAGAAAUAUAAGUUUUCCAUUUCGUAUCCUUUCUCAAAUGACACCAGUCAUAUCGUUUUAUUUUCUCAACAAGAAUAUGUUAGACCUUGCGUAACUAUUUGUGUUCCAACCAUCUUAUCUCUUCCCACUGUUGCAUCUGUAUAUACUGUACUACUUAGAACAUAUUUUAGUGUAUAUAAUAAUGUAUCGAAUGUAAUUUAAAUCCAAUAAAUCUAUCGAAUUAAUCUUA